GACGCACAGGAGGAAGCUGAGCUCAGUAUUUCCGCUGCAGCAGCGACAUCGGUCACGUCAAAAAAAAAAAAGAAGAAAAUGUGGAGAGUCAAGACGAACUGAGGCCGGAGAUUCUCCGUCGAAACCACGAACAUCUGCCCCGAGCCGCUCGGUGUCUGGACGGGUCUUUACCCGCCACAGUUCGCGCCCGAACACCGGAAAGUUUCGGGGACGUUUGGAGGUGAACUCGCCCGCCUGGUUUCGCGGUGGUUUGAGGAAGCAGCAGCGCGGCUAACCGCUGAACUAGCUCCCCGCUAGAGAUGGGCACCCGAGCCAGUCGCCUCCAGGAAGACCCGGCGCCCUCCGCUUUCGGAAAAGAUGGCACCAAGCGGGACUCCUACCGGCGACCCCGCCUCGCCAGACCCACCAGCCUCAUGGUGGACUUCUCCGGAAGCUUCGAGGACACGGAGGCCAACCGGAGCCGAUCGGAGGAGGGCAGCGACUCGGACCUGGGGCAGCACGGGGCGAGCGCCGACGGCAGCCCCGCCGACCACCACAGCAUCCCGUCCUCCGGCAUCAGCCAGGCGUCCCCCGCGGACGACAACAGCAGCGAGGGGAAACCCGAGGAAGACGGCAACACGAGCCCGGAGGCUCCCGUCGACGCGGAGCAUCAGCCCGGGGAGGAGACAGGCCGCACGCCCCACCGCACUUUUUCCGAGCGGCUGCCCGGGAAUCGGCACUCUUCGGGCCGCAGCGUCGGCGCAAGAUCCGCCCGGGUCCGGGGCACGCACCAGCGGCCGGUGUCAGAGGCAUGGAUCGGCCUGUACCGCGUUAACAACCGCCAUGGCAAUAUCCGUUGUCCUUUCUGCUCGAAGCCUUUCCCCGGGGGUCGGAUCGAGGAUCACCUGUUGAGCUGCCUCACGUCUCCUCCCCUACCGUACAAUACGGAUGUGCUAAGUAAAGACAGUGGAGAGUGCUCCAUCUGUUUGGAGGAUCUGGUCCAGGGAGAGACCAUCGCCAGGCUGGCUUGCCUCUGCGUCUACCAUAAGAGCUGCAUUGAUUCCUGGUCCAAAGUGAAGCCCUGCUGCCCCGAGCAUCCCUUCGAUUGACUCCCCGGUCACAUGUUCCUGCACAGUGACCAACCCGACUCAGGAGACUACACUGAAUCCUAAUAGAAUCCCAAUAAAGAUGUGUUAUUGAAUAAUAAAACGCCCCCAGUCCCUCUCAGACGCAGACCCAUAUUUGAGUGGAAAACAGAAGAUCACAGCAGGGGGGCUACGGCGCGUGGCAGCCGAUGCUCUCCAUUCGGAUCAGUCCAUUUGAACUUGGUCUAGACCAUUUCAAGCCAAACUCCAACAACAAAAAAAGAAAACAGCUGCUCGGUCUAAUCUGUGGACCCUUGUGGAAACAGAAGUGGAGGGGGUUUCUUUUUUUAAUUCACGGACUUGGCUUGAAAAAAAAAUGCAUCAACUCCAUAAUAUCCCACCAGAAUGAUGGAGCGUGCCCCAGACAGAUGUUGAACUUGGGGCAGGAACAUGAAGACUGAGACUCUGGAUGCUCCUGUGUAUUUUUCUCCCUUCCGAAUGGGAUCAGUCAUUUUAUCAAGUAUUUUGCAAAAAAAACGAGUAUUGUUCCACGUCGUACAUCCGAUGAAUGUUUUCUUUCCUCGGCUCAACCCAAAUGAACCAACCUCACACUGAAAGCGUGAACUGUUUAAACCACAUAAACGUUGCUUUAUUUUUCAACCGGCUGGAGGUGGAGGGAUGUUUUUGGUGAGUGGGGGCUGCCGUUGACUUGGUGUUAUCUGUUUUCUAUUACCUGUAAACAUUUCAGGGGAACUUUUCGGGGGCUAAAUGUUUCUUUCUUUUUUUUUUUUUCUCAGUAGGUCAGUUUCUCGUAGGUGGUUAGUAAGCGCUGAGUUGAACGUGCUGCUACUUGGUGAGUGUUUGGGAAGGUUGUCGGUGUUCCAUAGGGUCAGAGCAGCGCUGGUGUUGGCACCAAUUUGAGCACUUUUGUCCCUCAAAGGCUGAUUUUUUUAUUUUUUAUUUCCCCCACAUAAGGUCUGGGUUGUGAGUGUGCGAGUACGUCUGUGUGUUCAAAUGAUGACCAGGGACAGGAAAUGUCCUAAGAAUGUUUGUGUAUUCACGAGUGUGUGUGUGUGUGUGUGUGUGUGUGUGUGUUUACUGUAAACUGCCCAGAAGUCUGCUUGGUGAAGCGGGUUAACCUUUUGAAAUUUUAAAGCAGUCAUGCCAGCGAACGUCCUGUUUCAUGUGGCAUUGGUACGAAGUGUGGGAGACUCUCGUGGUCCUGUUCUACUUCUGAGAGCGGUUUGAGCGUCUCGUCCCUCCCUCCCCGUUCUCUCCGGGGCGCAGUCCGGAUGGUUUUUUGGACUGGACCCCAAGUGACAGUUCUGCCAUCUGGCUCCAUUAAAGCCAGAUUGAGGGAGGGGAUGAAAGUGACGGGUGGAGGAGAUGUAUUUUUUGGGGGCAUGUUUACACCAUGUGGCAUCUGCCUCUCUCCCCGACACUGCAGGCUAUGGACAGCUGAUGGUUAAUAAUUACGCAACCCCCACCCCGCCUAUUUUUAAAAAGCUUUUUUUAAAUAUGAUAUCACAUUAUGAUCAUGAUUACUGCUUAACGUGUUGGAUGGCUUUUCCUUUGCCUUGUUUUGUGUGUGUGCUGAUUGCCUUUGCCUGGUGACGGACUUUCUUGUGCAAGCAGGUGUUUGUAGUGUUUUCGGGGGCCGAGCUGCGGCGGAGCCCCGGCAAUAAGGCUGCUCAGCAGAUGCCGACCGGUUGCAGGUCGAGCACGGGCCGAGGGAAACUGGGAAAGAACAAAAAAUUGAUUGCUGUUGCUGCCUGCUCAAAGGGCGAGUCUGUGCCAUGUGUCCUGGUCGUUCCUACGGCGCGUAUUGAUCAGUUUCGAGGUCAGCCCGGUGCACAGGUUUCCCACUGGCUGCUUUGUUCACCCAGGUUCGUUCUCUUUCCUCUCUGAUCCCUGGUGUCCUGCAGUCUGAGGUGCUACGACUCGUCCCGCCACUCGAGGGCAGCCCCGUGCAUGUUUGCUCUCUUUAAUUUUUUUUGUAUCGGAGACUAGAAAAAUGAUGCCAAAAGUGUGUGUCUGUGCAUUGAGGGCAUUGUGUGAGCGAGUGCGGAGGAUGAGGUGUAUUGAUCAUUAGAUGUUACAUUUGUUGUGGUGAUAAGUUAUGAUGUUGUAUACUUUGGCUGGGAGGAGGGGGGAGGGUGUGUGUGUGUGUGUGUGUGUGUGUGUGUGUGUGUGUGUGUGUGUGUGUGUGUGUGUGUGUGUGUGUGUGUGUGUGUGUGUGUGUGUGUGUGUGUGUGUGUGUGUGUGUUUUGGGGGACGGGGUUGGUGGUGGUUUGGUUGUCGUUUUAUAUAAAAACAAACAAAGAAACCAGACAAUCUAAAACCCCACGUUACUCUCAUUUACUUUCUUACCCCCCUUGAAGCUGUGUGGUGCAAUACCUCAAUUUUUACCAAUGCUAACUAAACGCUCUGUGUGUAAUAAACCAGCUCCUCGCCAAUCAACGAUGGUGUUUUGUGUAGAUGUCGCUAAACUCCUCGGUUUUAAAUCACAGGGCGCCGACCUCCCCCCCCCCCCCCCCCCUGUCUGCCCUGUGCUUUGAGACCAACGCUUUAGAGGACGAGAAUGUUUUUUUUCAAAGAGCCACCACAGCAGUAUCUGCAAUUCC